AUGACGCUCUACUCCCCUCCACCACCGGUCCGCCCGUUCAGCGAGGACAAGCCGACGCUGCUGGUGUGCUGGUGGACGACCAUCUUCUGCGCCGUGCUGAUCCUACUGCGGAUCGCGGGCCGAUUUGUGCGGACGGAGCGCUUGUUUCGUGAGGACAAGGUCGCUGCGCUCGCGUUGGUGCCGCUGUUCUUGCGCAUGGGCUGUGUGCAUGUCGUGUUGAUUUACGGGACGAAUAAUGUGGAUUUGAACGGGGUCGAGGUGACGGCAGAGGAUAUCAGACGGAGGGAGAUUGGAAGCAAGUUGGUGUUGGUUAGUAGGGUGUUGUAUGCUGCAACCCUCUGGGUCCUCAAAUCCGCCAUUCUCGAAUUCCUCGCCCGCAUCAACGCCAACUGGGAACGCCGUUACGAAAUCACCCUGUACAUCAUCCGCGCCCUGCUAGCCGCCACCUUCGUUGCCGUCAUCAUCUCCGACCUGACCGAAUGCCGCCCCUUCCCCAACUACUGGCAGGUCCUCCCCGACCCAGGCAGCCGCUGUCGCCAGGGUUAUGCCCAGCUUUUGACCAUGGCCGUCUCGAAUGUGUUCACCGACCUGCUGCUCGUCAGUUUCCCUAUCCCGAUCAUCGUAGGGUCGAUGCUGCCUGCGAAACGAAAGUUUCAGCUUGUACUGUUGUUCUCGUUGAGUCUGGCGCCGGUAGCGGUGACGCUGUAUCGCGUGCCGCAUAUCCUGAAGGUGAAUGGCCGGCAGCAGACGAGGUCUCUCUACGCUAGCGUUGAGCUGUUAUUUGCGACAGCCGCGGCAAAUGCGUUGGUGUUGGGGAGUUUUGUACGGGAUAGGGGCGUCAAGAAGAGGAGAUGGAAGUACGACUCUAUUGCGGCGCACUCGAUGGAUAACCGGUCGUCGAUUGCUGCCGCGUCGAUCACCGGAACCGGAGGAGUAAUUGUUGGCCCUGUAGGGGCAAUGACGCCACGGUUGGCGAGAAGGCCCAGUCCCGCGGGGCUGAGGCAUUGGGGCAGUGAUGAGGAUUUGGCGCGAGAUUUGGGGUACGGCGUAACGCCCGAAUUGAGGGAGAUCAGGCCUUCGGAGGAGAGGGGGGAGGGAUUAUUUUUCUAUCGGAGGAAGUGCGCACCUGUUGUGGGGGGUAACGCAGGUGAGAAGCCGGAUCUGCAUCUGGAGGAGUGGCAUUUCCCCGAUGGACGCAGCAGCAAUAGUCAGGUUGUGUGCUCGGGGGCUGCGCAGAGCGAUGAGGAGAAUGUACCCCCUCCUCCAGGCGGGGCUGGGGUGGGUGUGUCAUCUGCUUCGGAGAGGGGAGAUGUCACGCCUAAUCCGAGGCGUGUGUCCUUCUUGGAUGAGGGAGGAUUGUUGAUUGAUACCCGUGGAGAGAGCGACGAUAGACAGCAACAGCAGCGACCGCCGUCAAUACGAAACGGCACAAUCUCCCCUAACAGCGACACCGACCCCUCCCCGACCUCACCCUCACCCACACCCCAAACCCCGACGCCCUCGUCCCGACCAAGAACCUCAACAACCACAACACCUGCCCCAGCUACCCCAGCAACCCCAACUCCAUUAUUAGCACCACCAACCCCAACGAUCCCAGCCAGCACGACCGGCAUACGGCGUGGCUCAGCUGCCCUACUCACCGAACUAGGCCGGUUCCUGACUCCUCAACAAUCACACACCUCCAUAACAACAGCAGCUCUAUCAGCCUCAGUAACAGGCACAGCAACUGCAACAGACAUGAUAACAGCGACGAAUACCAACACCAGCACAAAUAAUGAUAAUCACUCUCCCUUCUAUCAAACACCAUCACAACAACAACAACAACAACAACAACAACAACAGAAGAGAAGACGGCCAAAGUUGAGCUUAAAGAAGCCGAGUACGUCAUCAUCGAGGAGGACAACAGACAGAGGAGGUGAAGGAGGAGGAAGUGAGAGUGCAAAAAGCAAAAAGAUGACGCCUACUGCCAAGGUAACUCCGACUUUGGCCUAUCCGGGGAGUUCGGGAAAGCCGGAGCCGGAGUUGAUGGAUGUUGGGGGGUUGUUGAGAUGA